AUGCAGAAAGAAGAAGAACAUGAGACUGUGAUGGAGUCGUUGGUGUGUCCAAGCUUCAGCGCGUAUUCCUCCAACACGCUCGACGACAUCGCAGAUAAGGUCACUCGAACCGACGAUCGCUUUGACCAAAACGACACCGACUUCGAGUUCGUAGCGUUUCGCACGGUAGCCGACGGUGUUUUCUUGGAACCAGUGGUGGAAGCCGAAAUUCCGUCGUUUCCGGUCUUCGAUCGCCAGCUCGUCGCAGAAGUGGAGAACGGCGGAGGGCGAGAUUCCAGCGAGGAGACGAUUCAGAUUACGCUAGGCAAGCUUCUGCUGGACGAUUCGCCGUCGUGCUCGUCGUCGGAGGUGGAGGACGAACUGGAGAAUGUUCCGCCGGGGACGUACUGCGUCUGGACGCCGAAACCUUCGCCGGCAUCGACGCCGUGCCGGAAGAGUAAAUCGACGGGAUCGUCGUCGUCGAAGCGGUGGAAGCUUAUGGAUUUUCUGCGUCGGAGCAACAGCGAGGGGAAGGAGUCGGUGGCGUUUUUGACGCCGUCGGUGAAUUCGUCGAAGAAGAAAGGAGAGAAAUCGGAGAACGGAAAGAAAAUUGCCGCGAGUGGCAGCGGUGGAAAGAGGUUUCCGGUGAUUGCGGCGGUGUCGGCACAUGAAGCGCUUUAUGUGAGGAACAGAGAGAUGCGAAGAGAGGAUAAGAGAAGGUCGUAUCUACCUUAUCGUCAGGAUUUGGUUGGUUUCUGUGUCAAUCUCAACGCCAUGGGCAAGGCCUUCCCUCUUCUUUCUUGA